AAUCAUUGCUGUGUAUUUAUAGCUUGAAGCAGACGCAAUACCACUUUGGACAUUGUCAGGAAGUUCCUUCGGAGGAUUUGUUAUACAUUUAUACGUUACUAAGGAAAUGUUUGGCCGAUUUUGUAUGGGGGACAUGAGGAUACUAACGGGAUGAAGAGGACAGGUAUAACCUCGUUGGUGUUUACACUGUCGGGGGUUUUCUUAGCGGAGUGUAUGUUAAAUUUGAAGACUAGGAUGCGAACUAGCUCUAGCCCAGUCCAUGACCCCUAUGAUUCCUCAAGGGCCGUGGACGGACGUUAUGGGUCGAACCCUUUGUCGAACUGUUUCGUGUCCACCAAUGCGAAAUCCACAGCGUGGUGGAGGGGUGAUAUCGGACACAUAUCCCGGAUUAUAAACAUCGAUAUUCAGUUCCGUGAAGGAACUGGAAGACAAAAUGGCUACUUCCUGUACGUGUCCAAUACGUCAUCAUGGACUGCCGGGAGACUGUGUUACCAUGACGACGACCCUGAUAUAAUACCUGAUGUCAUACAGAACAAAACAUGUGAACUUGAUGGACGUUACGUCAUCGUAGUCACACACAGCGACUCUAACGCUUACGUGGAGAUAUGUGAAAUCGACGUCUAUGGUUGUCCUUCCAACUUUUAUGGAGAGAAAUGUGAAUUUCCCUGCCACUGUCAACUAGGAUGUAAUACCACGUCUGGUGUCUGCGAUACCCCCGACUGUCAGCCGGGAUGGAAGGGCAGACGCUGUGAUACAGAAUGUGGACCACAUCUAUUUGGUGCUAACUGUAGUCACGUGUGUCACUGUCGAGAGUCGGGAUGUAACCAUAUAACGGGACUCUGCGAUAAACCUGGCUGUCUUCCGGGCUACAGAGGCAUCAGCUGUAGCCAGGAAUGUUCAGCCGGGACAUUUGGGGCUGAUUGCAGCCAACUAUGUCACUGUAAGACUUCCGGUUGUAGUCACGUGACAGGAAUCUGUAAAACACCCGGAUGUAGCAGAGGAUGGCAUGACAGCACGUGUAAUGAAGCAUGUGGACCAGAAACGUUUGGGGAGGACUGUAAGCAGACGUGUCAUUGUCAGACACCCGGAUGCAAUCCUUUCAUUGGUACCUGCUACGAACCCGGAUGUAAACAAGGUUGGACCGGAAACUCUUGUGACGUAAACAUUGCAAAUGCAUCCGCUUGUCCUUCCGGAAAAUUCGGCGAAGAUUGUGCAUAUGUAUGUCACUGUAAAGUUCAGGCGUGUGACCCAGUCAACGGUACCUGUACAUCUGGCGGAUGUAAACAAGGGUGGUCAGGGGAGGCAUGUGAUCAUGAGGUUAAUGGGACACAGCCUGAUAAAUGCGACCCUGGAAGAUUCGGGCAGAAUUGUUCCCUACAAUGUCAUUGUGAUGUUGGAUAUUGCGAUCACGUGACUGGCGAGUGCGUGGUACCGGGAUGUCUGCCGGGAUGGCGGGGACCAGCAUGUAACCAAUCAUGUGGCCAAGGAACGUUCGGUUACAACUGUAACAACACAUGUCACUGUUUAUUUCCCGGAUGUGAUCCUGCAAAUGGAACAUGCGACCGGAAGGAUGCCAUUUGUCAGGACGGUUGGACAGGCGACUCUUGUGAUAGAGAGUUUAAUGGGACACUGUCUGAUGAAUGUGACCCUGGGAGAUUUGGGCAGAAUUGUUCCCUACAAUGUCAUUGUGAUGUUGGAUAUUGCGAUCACGUGACAGGCGAGUGCGUGAUUCCAGGAUGUCUCUUGGGAUGGCGGGGACCAGCAUGUAACCAAUCAUGUGGCCAAGGAAGGUUCGGCUACAACUGUAACAACACAUGUCACUGUUUAUCUCCCGGAUGUGACCCUGUAAACGGGACAUGUGACCGGAAGGAAGUCACUUGUCAGGACGGCUGGACAGGCGACUCUUGUGAUAGAGAGGUUAAUGGGACACUGUCUGAUGAAUGCGACCCUGGAAGAUUUGGGCAGAGUUGUUCCCUACAAUGUCAUUGUGAUGUUGGAUAUUGCGAUCACGUGACAGGCGAGUGCGUGGUACCAGGAUGUCUGUUGGGAUGGCGGGGACCAGCAUGUAACCAAUCAUGUGGCCAAGGAACGUUCGGUUACAACUGUAACAACACAUGUCACUGUUUAUCUCCCGGAUGUGACCCUGUAAACGGGACAUGUGACCGGAAGGAAGCUAUUUGUCUGGAAGGUUGGACAGGCGACUCUUGUGAUAGAGCUUGUCCAGUUGGUACCUUUGGCGCUAGAUGCAGCCAGACGUGUUACUGUAGAAUUCCCGGAUGUCAUCACGUGACUGGAAUAUGCGAUAAAACGGCAGCUGGAUGUCUUAAUGGAUGGAUUGGAUAUGCCUGUAAUACCAAUGCCGCUGUGGACACGACGUGCACCAAUACCGAUGACAUCCUCACGGCUAUUCACGAAUCGGCCACUGUGUGUCCCCACACCGACGAUCUCGGUACGGCUAUUCUGCUGUGUGUUGUGGUCGGUACUCUACUGUCAUUGGCCGGACACGUGAUAACAGUGGUGUGGAUUUUCAGGCGGUAUAAUUGUUGCAAAUGGAGUCGCAGACAUGGUCUCUACGCAGUAGACGGAGGGCUCGAAAACAAAGCAUAUGACAGCUUUGGUCUUCAACACAACGAGGAAAUCACGUGCUCUGAAACAUGAUAUAUCAAAAUGAUGUUGUAUUUUGUUGAAACCUGUCACGUUCAAUCAUACCUAAGGCAAGGAAACCCGGUUAUAAAUCGCUUACCGAGUGGGACCUGUUGCAAUGUAACGUAACACAGAUAGGAGGACAAUGCAUUAAAUUGUAAUGUUAAUAAGUUUUGAAGAGUAAUAAUAUGUUUACUGCACUAGACAGAGUUCUUUAAGAAGACAUUUUUCUUUUUUUUUGUUGAAUACUGAUGUGUAAAAAUGUAUUUCUUAAAAACAGAUAUUGCAACAUGACGAGCUGUUGUCUUUGUGAAAAAUGCAGCUUACACACCAGUAUUCAAAAAAAGAAGAGAAAACAUAUUUCUUAUAUACGCUACUAUAAAAAAGCUGACUCGAAUUUCAGGCUGUCCACUAGAUAUACAGGAAGUAAAUAGAAUAUAUUUCCAUAAAAAAUAUAAUCUUUAUUCCAUUUCCGUGAGAGAUUUUUAAAUCAUUUCAUAUUUUGUUUUGAUUUGCCUCAUAGUUUAUAAAAAAAAUACAUUCACAAAAUGUUUAAAAAAUGUUUUCGUUCUAGUUAUGGUGAGUGACCGGACAGUUUUAGUUCUAGCUAUGUUGAGUGAAUGGACAGUUUUAGUUCUCGCUAUGGUGAGUGACUGGACAGUUUAAGUUCUGGCUAUGGUGAGUGACUGGACAGUUUUGGUUCUAGCAAUGGUGAGUGACUGGACAGUUUAAGUUCUCGCUAUGGUGAGUGAAUGGACAGUUUUAGUUCUCGCUAUAGUGAGUGAAUGGACAGUUUUGGAUCUAACUGUGGUGAGUGACCAGACAGUUUUAGUUCUAGCUAUGGUGAAUGACCAGACAGUUUUGGAUAUAGCUAUGGUGAGUGACUGGACUGUUUAAGUUCUCGCUACGGUGAGUGACUGGACAGUUUUGGAUCUAGCUAUGUUGAGUGACUGGACAGUUUAAGUUCUCGCUAUAGUGAGUGACCAGACAGUUUUGGUUCUAGCUAUGUUUAGGGACUUGACAGUUUAAGCUCUAGCUAUGGUGAGAGGCCAGACAGUUUUAGUUCUAGCUAUGGUGAGAGACCAGACAGUUUUAGUUCUAGCUAUGGUGGGUGACCGGACAGUUUUGGUUCUAGCUAUGGUGAGUAACCGGUCAGGUUUGGUUGUAGCUAUGGUGAGUGACUGGACAGUUUUGGUUCUAGCUACGGUGGGUGACUGGGUUUGAUUCUAGUCAUUUGGUUCGAUUUGUUAUAUGAAGUUGCACUGCGUAUUCAUGAAUGACGCCAUUUAUAACAAAAUUAUAUCUGAAUCGCGGAACUUUUAUUUAUAAACUUUGUGUAAUAUACAUAGCAUUAACUUUGUUGAACUAAAAAAAUCCUAUGUACGCAAGGGUUUCGCUCUCUACAUUCACUUGUUCAGAAGGUUAUAGUGACUAAGCCUUUCUAUUCCUUGUAGUAUUGAGGAUGAGAGUCCAUUUGUUGUUAAAUGUCUUAUAUUACCAAUUAAUGUACUUGUUUCACAAUUUGCCAUUAAACGUUUUUUUCCUAUGGAAAUAUUAUAUCGAAUGUAUAUGUUUUGUAUCAAUAACAUAUCCUGUGUUCAGUCUACAAACGUGAUUUAAUGGAAACUUCAGUGCUGUAUCAGGUUCGACAAAAAUCAUAUCUUAAGAUAAUGUUACAAAACAGGGAUAGCUGUGACAUUAAUUAUAUCUUAAAAUAAUAUGUAAAUCAAAUAGUUCAUGAUGUCUUAAAAUAAUAAGUAAAUCAAAUAGUUCAUGAUGUCUUAAAAUAAUAUGUAAAUCAUAUGUAGCUGUGAAGUUCAUGAUAUCUUAAGAUAUUAUUAUAAAUCAGGUAUAGAUGUGAAGUUCAUGAUAUCUUAAGAUAAUAUUAUAAAUCAGGUAUAGCCGUGACGUUCAUUAUAUCUUAAGAUAAUGUUAUAAAUCAUAUGUAGCUGUGAAGUUGAUGAUGUCUUAAGAUAUUAUUAUAAGUGACAUAUUGGUGUGAAGUUCAUGAUACCUUAAGGGAAUCUUAUAAAACAGAUAUAGGUGUGAAGCUCAUUAUAUAUUAUGAUAAUAUUGUAAAUCAGACGUAGCUGUGAACUUAAUAAAAUUGAUUAACGAGUUUGCAUGAUUGUCUGUUUUUUAAUACUCUUUUACACACUCUAGCAGCACAAUUUAAUGGUGAGGUUCUGGUAGUUUUAUAUUUGGUAUGUAUAUGUCCUACGUUUGGUAUCUUUAAAAAUGGCAAGACAAGAAAACAACUUACUCUAUAAACUAUUGUCAAAUAACACUGGACAUAGAACACUAAAACAUUUACAUGUGAUGCCCAUCAUAUUAAUGGUUCAUACUUUGAUACACUGAUGUUAACAUGUUAAAGUAUGUAUUACAAUGUUGAAGAUAUGCCUAUGCACUAUAUACGUAUCUUGUUAUAUGUUAGUAACAUAAGAUAAUAAAAAGAAUACAAAGCA